GCCUGCCGCAUCACAUUGUGGUCCACAGCCGGCAAGAUGCGCUUCUUCCUGCUGUUCGCUGUUGUCAUUGGCAUCGCCUGCGGCGCAGCGGUGCCCAAGGCGCCCAAGCAUGAGACAGUCCAGCGCUUCCCGGCCCAGCGAUCCAGCCGCAACCUCCAAGAUGACCUGAACGACUUCCUGGCCCUCAUCCCCGUCGACGAAAUCGUCAACAUCGUCCUCAACUACGUCGCCAACGACGCUGAGGUGCAGGCCGCCCUCCAGUACCUCAUGUCUGACGAGUUCGAGAGCAUCGUCGUCUACGUCGACCAGCAGCCCGAGCUGUACGAUCUGCUCAACUUCCUCGAGGACUCAGGCCUUGACCCCUACGGCUUCCUCAACAUGAUCCACGACUUCCUGGGCAUACCUCAGAUUUCGAAACCCGCCAGCCGAAUGAGGAGGAGCAGCAGGAGCCUCAAGUCCAUGCUCGAUGAGAUCCUCGCCAUCCUCCCAGUCGACGAGCUGAAGGCUCUCUACAACGAGAAGCUGGAGACCAGCCCUGACUUUGCUGAACUCAUCAACAGGCUCAGCUCGGACGAGUUCCACCAACUGGUGUUGCGCGUUUUGGAGCUGGACGCUGUGCAGGACUUGAUCCAGAUGCUGAGGGACGCCGGUAUCGAUGUGGACGCCAUCAUGGACUUCAUCCGCAAUCUCUUCGGCUGGGCUGACUCCGGCUCCUUGAAACUGAAGCCAAUCCGAGGUGCAAAGAUGAUCCAACGUUUCCCAGCAAAAAAAUCCAGCCGCAACCUCCAAGAUGACCUGAACGACUUCCUGGCCCUCAUCCCCGUCGACGAAAUCGUCAACAUCGUCCUCAACUACGUCGCCAACGACGCUGAGGUGCAGGCCGCCCUCCAGUACCUCAUGUCUGACGAGUUCGAGAGCAUCGUCGUCUACGUCGACCAGCAGCCCGAGCUGUACGAUCUGCUCAACUUCCUCGAGGACUCAGGCCUUGACCCCUACGGCUUCCUCAACAUGAUCCACGACUUCCUGGGCAUACCUCAGAUUUCGAAACCCGCCAGCCGAAUGAGGAGGAGCAGCAGGAGCCUCAAGUCCAUGCUCGAUGAGAUCCUCGCCAUCCUCCCAGUCGACGAGCUGAAGGCUCUCUACAACGAGAAGCUGGAGACCAGCCCUGACUUUGCUGAACUCAUCAACAGGCUCAGCUCGGACGAGUUCCACCAACUGGUGUUGCGCGUUUUGGAGCUGGACGCUGUGCAGAACUUGAUCCAGAUGCUGAGGGACGCCGGUAUCGAUGUGGACGCCAUCAUGGACUUCAUCCGCAAUCUCUUCGGCUGGGCUGACUCCGGCUCCUUGAAACUGAAGCCAAUCCGAGGUGCAAAGAUGAUCCAACGUUUCCCAGCAAAAAAAUCCAGCCGCAACCUCCAAGAUGACCUGAACGACUUCCUGGCCCUCAUCCCCGUCGACGAAAUCGUCAACAUCGUCCUCAACUACGUCGCCAACGACGCUGAGGUGCAGGCCGCCCUCCAGUACCUCAUGUCUGACGAGUUCGAGAGCAUCGUCGUCUACGUCGACCAGCAGCCCGAGCUGUACGAUCUGCUCAACUUCCUCGAGGACUCAGGCCUUGACCCCUACGGCUUCCUCAACAUGAUCCACGACUUCCUGGGCAUACCUCAGAUUUCGAAACCCGCCAGCCGAAUGAGGAGGAGCAGCAGGAGCCUCAAGUCCAUGCUCGAUGAGAUCCUCGCCAUCCUCCCAGUCGACGAGCUGAAGGCUCUCUACAACGAGAAGCUGGAGACCAGCCCUGACUUUGCUGAACUCAUCAACAGGCUCAGCUCGGACGAGUUCCACCAACUGGUGCUGCGCGUGGGAGAGCUGGAGGCCGUGCAGAACAUGAUCCAGAUGUUGAGGGACGCCGGUAUCGACGUGGACGCCAUCGCCGACUUCUUCAGGAGGAUCUUCGGCUGGACCUCAAAAGAAACACCCUACACCACAUUCAAGAUGAUCCAGCGGUUCCCAGUGCAAAAAUCCAGCCGCAACCUCCAAGAUGAUCUGAACGACUUCCUGGCCCUCAUCCCCGUCGACGAAAUCGUCAACAUCGUCCUCACCUACGUCGCCAACGAUGCUGAGGUGCAGGCCGCCCUCCAGUACCUCAUGUCUGACGAGUUCGAGAGCAUCGUCGUCUACAUUGACCAGCAGCCCGAGCUGUACGAUUUGCUGAACUUCCUCGAGGACUCAGGCCUUGACCCCUACGGCUUCCUCAACAUGAUCCACGACUUCCUAGGCAUACCUCAGAUUUCGAAACCCGCCAGCCGAAUGAGGAGGAGCAGCAGGAGCCUCAAGUCCAUGCUCGAUGAGAUCCUCGCCAUCCUCCCAGUCGACGAGCUGAAGGCUCUCUACAACGAGAAGCUGGAGACCAGCCCUGACUUUGCUGAACUCAUCAACAGGCUCAGUUCCGACGAAUUCCACCAACUGGUGCUGCGCGUUCUGGAGCUGGACGCUGUGCAGGAAUUGAUCCAGAUGUUGAGGGACGCUGGCAUCGAUGUGGACGCCAUCAUGGAUUUCAUCAGGAAUCUCUUCGGCUGGGCUGAUUCCAGCUCCUUGAAACUGAGACUUUACGUCGUAGUCAAGAAGAUCCAGCGCUUCCCUGCAAAAAAAUCCAGCCGCAACCUCCAGGAUGACCUGAACGACUUCCUGGCCCUCAUCCCCGUCGACGAAAUCGUCAACAUCGUCCUCAACUACGUCGCCAACGAUGCUGAGGUGCAGGCCGCCCUCCAGUACCUCAUGUCUGACGAGUUCGAGAGCAUCGUCGUCUACGUCGACCAGCAGCCCGAGCUGUACGAUCUGCUCAACUUCCUCGAGUCCUCAGGCCUUGACCCCUACGGCUUCCUCAACAUGAUCCACGACUUCCUAGGCAUACCUCAGAUUUCGAAACCCGCCAGCCGAAUGAGGAGGAGCAGCAGGAGCCUCAAGUCCAUGCUCGAUGAGAUCCUCGCCAUCCUCCCAGUCGACGAGCUGAAGGCUCUCUACAACGAGAAGCUGGAGACCAGCCCUGACUUUGCUGAACUCAUCAACAGGCUCAGUUCCGACGAAUUCCACCAACUGGUGCUGCGCGUUCUGGAGCUGGACGCUGUGCAGGAAUUGAUCCAGAUGUUGAGGGACGCUGGCAUCGAUGUGGACGCCAUCAUGGAUUUCAUCAGGAAUCUCUUCGGCUGGGCUGAUUCCAGCUCCUUGAAACUGAGACCUUACGUCGUAGUCAAGAAGAUCCAGCGCUUCCCUGCAAAAAAAUCCAGCCGCAACCUCCAGGAUGACCUGAACGACUUCCUGGCCCUCAUCCCUGUCGACGAAAUCGUCAACAUUGUCCUCAACUACGUCGCCAACGAUGCUGAGGUGCAGGCCGCCCUCCAGUACCUCAUGUCUGACGAGUUCGAGAGCAUCGUCGUCUACGUCGACCAGCAGCCCGAGCUGUACGAUCUGCUCAACUUCCUCGAGUCCUCAGGCCUUGACCCCUACGGCUUCCUCAACAUGAUCCACGACUUCCUGGGCAUUCCUCAGAUUUCGAAACCCGCCAGCCGAAUGAGGAGGAGCAGCAGGAGUCUCAAGUCCAUGCUCGAUGAGAUCCUCGCCAUCCUCCCAGUCGACGAGCUGAAGGCUCUCUACAACGAGAAGCUGGAGACCAGCCCUGACUUUGCUGAACUCAUCAACAGGCUCAGUUCCGACGAAUUCCACCAACUGGUGCUGCGCGUUCUGGAGCUGGACGCUGUGCAGGAAUUGAUCCAGAUGUUGAGGGACGCUGGCAUCGAUGUGGACGCCAUCAUGGACUUCUUCAGGAAGAUCUUCGGCUGGACUUUUUAAAGUCAUACGGGCCUUCCUCCACUCUCAACUGCGAACUGAUAACAUAGGCACGUUUCCCAGUCCCCGAUUUUGAUGUAAUGAAUGCGUAAAAAAAAUAAACCUCUGUGCUUAACGUGA